CAACUACCCAUUUUCUGUUUGUACUUGCAGAAAGAUUUCUAGAGAUAGAGAGGGCUUCUCUGCUCUGUUUCAUCUAGCAAUCGUUAGCUGCAGUAGGAGACAUUGUUGUGAUUGAUCGAACAUUUCAGCCUGCACUGGUAAAUUUUAGAAUAGCAGAAGAAUGGAGGCUAAAAUUUCACAGAGCUUGCAAUGGUCCACGUUGAUUGAUUCAGAGAAGAUCAUAAGGAAGCCGAGUGGUUCGUUGCGGUUUUCGCAGAGAUAUAAAGGACAACAGAGACUUCAGAUGGCUGAAUACUGUAAUUUGCAAUCCAGAAAAGCUGCAACUUGGCUGCAUAGACCAGUAACAUUGAAGGUUUCCUGCUCUGCUCAAAACAUUCCAGCUUCAUUACUAGAGUCUGAAAGUUUUCCAGCAUCGUUUGAUGAAGCAAUGAUCCUAAAGGACAAGUUAGAAGAGAUUGAACCAUAUCUAAGUGGACGGUGUAUAUAUCUAGUUGGCAUGAUGGGUUCUGGAAAAACAACUGUUGGCAGAAUUUUGUCAGAAGCACUUGGAUAUUCAUUUUUUGACAGCGACAAAUUAAUAGAGCUGGCUGUCGGGGGAACUACUGUUGCUGAAAUCUUUAAACUAUAUGGUGAGAGCUUCUUCAGAGAUAAUGAGACCGAGGUAUUGCACAAGCUGUCUUCAAAUUACCGGUUAGUUGUUUCCACUGGCGGGGGUGCAGUUAUUCGGCCCAUCAAUUGGAAAUACAUGCAAAAGGGGAUUAGUGUUUGGCUAGAUGUACCAUUGGAAGUCUUGGCACGGAGAAUUGCGGCUGUAGGAACUGAUUCUCGCCCCCUUUUGACUGGCGAUGGCGAUGCUUAUGCAAAGGCUUUCAAGCGCUUAUCCACCCUUUUGGAAGAGAGGGGUGAAGCAUACAGCAAUGCUAAUGCCAGGGUUUCCCUGGAAAAUAUUGCUGACAAACUUGGAUAUGUAGACGUGUGCAAUCUCUCACCAACUGUAAUUGCAAUUGAGGCACUCCUACAAAUUGAGAAAUAUUUGAAGAAAUAAGACCAACUACCAUGUUCUUUCUAUGCAUGUUGUGUUGUGAGUACUUGCUCAAGGUACGUAGUAGUGUAAACUAAGUUCUCUCUCGUAUGUCACCUUACCCACUUAAAGCCUUUGGACGACUAAAUCAGUCCGGCUUCUUUUCUAUUCACCUCCGACAUGGAGCACACUUGACCAUGUGUAUUAUUUAGUAAAUCUGGCAUCGAGUCUCUUAAUUUUUUUUCUCAAGCUGAUGUUCUCAUUUCCAAAUCUUUUUGGCAUAAUUGCCUAUUUUUAUUAGCUUGUAAAAUUUUGCUCACAAGAACUAGUGGGGAUUAGAGAACCUUUUUUGCAGAAAUUAUUAGCUAUGCAAAUAAUUGGGUAGCGGGGAUUUGUUUGAGAGGAGGGAAUUUCCAAAUUUCUUCUUCUGAUUUCUAGAUGCAACCUGCUCUCUCUCUCUCUCUCU